AUCUGAAUGAAGCAACAAGACAAAACCUUUGUUGCCUCUUUACUGCAACUCCUAGUUUGAAGGAAGUGAGGAAGAGGAGGAAGUUAAAGAGGAAGGGGAGGAAAUGGAGGCAGAGACUGAGAAGGAUGAGGUGGGUUAAACAUGUUAUCUGGGAUUAAAUCACCUUAAUAUUCACCAAAAAGUCCAGAAAUCAUUUGGAUUUAUACAGCUCCUCCACCUCUUCAGGACAGUUUGACACUGUUUGUGUUUUUUUAUAUCUCUAACAAUUUUCUGACUCAAAGAUGGACGAACCGUUUGAGAAGAGAGAAAAUGCAUGUGAGGAUCAUGAGAUGGACACGGAGGCCAGCGACCUGCUCAACGACCUGCAGGUUCGGCUCAACAACGUUCUGGACGACCUCAGCAGCACGUUUGGGAACAGCUUCCAGAGCCGCAUCACCGACUGCAUGCGGCAGAUGGCGUCGCUGCUGUACCAGAUCAAAGGACCGCUCAACGAAAACACCAAGAACCAGGUGGAGGGCGACUCGGACAACAUGCUGCGGCCGCUCAUGGACUUCCUGGAUGCGCAAUUAACGCUGUUCGCCACGGUGUGUGAGAAAACCGUCCUGAAGCGCGUUCUGAAGGAGCUGUGGAGGAUCGUGAUGACCAGCCUGGAGAAGAACAUCGUCCUGCCGCAAGGGAACGACACCUUGGGAGCACAGAUCCUUUCUGCUGCUAAAGAACUGGGACACCUUCCAAACUGA